AUGGCCGACUUCAACUUUCUUCGACGACCUAAGGCUGAAAUCUCUCCACAGCAACUUGCUCCUCCUUCUAAUCAGACCAGUCCAUAUUACAUUCACCCUAACGAGAACCCAUCCCUUGUCCUGGUGUCUCCUCUGUUAGAUGGUUCAAAUUAUCAUUGUUGGGCUCGCGCUAUGCGCAUGGCUUUGCUUUCAAAGAACAAGCUCAAGUUCAUCGAUGGAUCUAUUUCUCCACUAGCUUCUACUGAUCCUCUUUUUCCUAUCGAACUUCAAUCGCGUUUCUCUCAGUCUGAUAUUUUUCGAAUUGCUGAUCUUCAAGAAGAAAUUUUCUCUUUGAAGCAAGGUGACCUAAGCAUUAGUGAAUAUUUUACUCAACUGAAAAUUCUCUGGGAUGAAUUGACCAAUUUACGACCCAUUAAGAGUUGUACUUGUGGUUCUGUUGAUAGUGCUCGCACUUAUAGGGAUGAAGAUUAUGUUCUUCGUUUUCUCAAGGGACUCAAUGAUCAGUUUACUUCAGUCAAAUCUCAAAUUAUGCUUCUUGAUCCCUUACCUUCUAUUAAUCGAGUUUUUUCUCUUGUUCUUCAACAAGAACGGGAACUCUCUCUUGCUUCAAAUUCCAAGAUUUUAUUGGCUAAAAGACCUCCUCGUUCUGGUUUCAAGCCUUCAGGAAAUUAUACUCAACAAAAAAUAUGUACCUAUUGUGGCAAACCUCGUCACACCGAGGAAAAUUGUUAUAGGAAACAUGGUUUUCCUCCUGGCUUUAAAUUUCACAACUCCUCUGCCGCGGUGAACAAUUUGACUACUCAAGAUUCUGGUCUGCUCAAGAAACUUCUACUGCACCAUUGA